GCCGCUCAAACGCUUCAACCGCGAGAUAUUUUCAAAACGCUCUAGGUCCACUCUCAAAUCAACAACCCAUACAUAUCAGUAUAACCAUCCAGAAAUCGAAAGUGCAAUGCAAUUGACAGAGUGAUCGAAAGGUGAAAUUAAAUAAAGUGCUUCGUGCCGCGGUCAUUUAAGCCAAUGGAUCAUCUAUUAUGCAACAUGGCGGGCAACAGUCGCAAUUCGUCCUACAAUUGUCUCUCCUCGUGGGACUCCUAUGAUCGAAUACCCAGAGUUCGUGUGGAGUACUAUGUGAACGAAAACACAUUUAAAGAAAGACUGCAACUCUAUUUCAUUAAGAAUCAGCGUUCAAGCCUGCGCAUACGAAUCGCCGAUUUAUUCCUUAAGUUACUGUCGUGUGUUCUCUACAUAAUACGUGUGAUAUUGGAUAAAAAUCCAACAUUUAUAACAUGCUAUGGCUGCGAAGUGGGCAAUAAAACGGAGUUCAUCAUCUCGGCCAAACUGACGGAGGAGGAGUUCCAGGAGCAACCCAUCAUCAACUGGGACGCCAUACUCUGGGUGAAUCGGCCAACAGUGCUCUGGGUCCUGCAGCUACUUCUAGCCAUGGUGUCGCUAACGCAAUCCUUGGUUCUCACAUAUCUAGGCUAUAAGGGCAACAUCUGGCAGCAGAUACUCUCAUUUCACUUUAUACUAGAAUUAGUAACGACAAUACCCUUUGCACUUACGAUUGUUCAUCCUCCGCUGCGGAAUCUCUUCAUUCCCAUUUUCCUCAACUGCUGGCUGGCAAAGCGAUCGCUGGAGAACAUGUUUAAUGACCUCCACCGUGCCAUGCAAAAGUCUCAGUCAGCGCUCUCCCAGCAGUUGACCAUUCUAUCAGCCACACUAUUGUGUCUAGUCUUCACGAGCGUUUGUGGCAUCCAGCACUUCCAGCGGGCUGGCCAUCGGCAUUUAAAUCUCUUUCAGAGCACUUACUAUGUGGUUGUGACCUUUUCCACGGUGGGAUACGGAGACUUUGUGCCGGACAUUUGGCCCUCGCAGCUCUACAUGGUCAUCAUGAUUUGUGUCGCCCUCAUUGUGCUGCCCACGCAGUUCGAACAGCUGGCCUUCACGUGGAUGGAACGUCAGAAGCUGGGUGGCAGUUACAGUUCUCAUCGCGCCCAGAGCGAAAAGCACGUGGUGGUGUGUUCCACCACCCUGCAUGCGGACACCAUCAUGGACUUCCUGAACGAGUUCUACGCCCAUCCGCUGCUGCAGGACUUCUAUGUGGUGUUGCUGAGUCCCAUGGAGCUGGACACAACGAUGCGGAUGAUCCUGCAGGUGCCCAUUUGGGCGCAGCGCGUCAUCUACAUUCAGGGCUCCUGUCUGAAAGAUGGCGACUUAGCCCGCGCCCGCAUGAACGAGGCGGAGGCGUGCUUUAUCCUGGCGGCCAGGAACUAUGCAGACAAAACGGCCGCCGACGAACACACCAUCCUACGCUCGUGGGCGGUCAAGGACUUCGCGCCGAAUGUGCCGCAGUAUGUGCAGAUUUUCAGGCCGGAGCACAAGCUGCAUGUGAAGUUCGCGGAGCACGUGGUCUGCGAGGACGAGUUCAAGUACGCCCUUUUGGCCAACAACUGCACCUGUCCCGGCGCCAGCACACUGGUCACCCUGCUGCUCCACACAUCCCGCGGACAGGAGGGCCAGCAAAGUCCGGAGGAGUGGCACCGCCUGUACGGCAAGUGCUCCGGAAACGAGAUCUACCACAUUGUGCUGGGCGACAGUCGAUUCUUUGGCGAGUACGAGGGCAAGAGCUUCACCUACGCCAGCUUCCAUUCGCAUCGCAAAUAUGGAGUGGCCUUGGUGGGCGUGCGUCCGGCGGAGCUGCCCGAAUUCUACGAGGAAACCAUUCUGCUGAACCCCGGACCCAGGCACAUUAUGAAAAAGGAUGACACGUGCUAUUACAUGAGCAUCACCAAGGAGGAGAAUUCCGCAUUUGUCGUUAAUCAAAAUCAAACAUCGGACCCGACGGCAGCUGCCAAGGAAGGGGGCGGGGGCGGACCCUCCUCGUCCGCCUCCCACCCCGCGGCGGCAACUGCAAAUCCAACAACAACAACAGUACAAGCAACAACAACAACAAUUAGCACAACCUUCACAUCAUCAACAUUACUAUCAGCAUCAACAACAACAGCUACAAUAAAUGCAACCUCAACCGCCGCAGCUGCACCACCACCAGUGCCGUCUGUCUGUGUGCGUGUGCCCCACAGUCCCAGUUACGAUAGUGGUGGUGGCACCACCGGCAACACCCACUUGCAACCGUAUCCGUAUCCGCAAUCGUAUCCGCAAUCGCAUCCGCCAAUGCAAACACCAGACAGUGGCCAGUUUGCAUCACUAUUUGUGCCCAGCGAUAAUCCGACGGCUGUGAUAAUCUCGGACUCCAGGCAGAACCUCAAGGACACAACGGUGACCCAGACGGCGGCGACGAUAACCACGACGACCCUGCCGCCUCCUCCCCAGACGAUGGGAUCCCCGAGCAUGGCCGGCGGAUCGGGAGGUGGUGGCGGUGGAGGAGGUCUGGGAAUGGGUAGUGCCCACAGCAUGGGCACCUCGCUGAGCAUCACCCCAGCCACGCUGACCACCACGGGCAAUCACCUGGACGUGCCCUUCGCCAAUAAUCCCAACCUGCUCAGUCCGGAUGUGCUCAACCAGCGGAGGGGUAGUAGACGUCCCUCGAUCCUGCCCGUGCCCGAUAUGUUCACCUCCUCCUCGUUCAGCAUCGCUGGCAAUGACGAUGGCGAGGAGGGGGACGAGAGCGAUGAUGAGAUCGACGACGAGAUGCCCUGGCGUUCGCCCUCUGAGAAGAUUGCCUGCUUGGGCGGGCACUUUCCACAAUCGCGCACCUAUUCGCUCAUCAUGAGCUCCUCGGAGGAUUCCUACCAGCGAGGUUGCAGCUUCUGCAAUGCCACUGCUUCCGCUUCCGCUGCUACUGUUGCUGCUGCUCCUGCUAAUCCUGCUUAUCCUGGUGAUUCUGGCGAUCCAGGCGAAUCCGCGACCAAUGCUGAUUCCGCUGAAUUCGCCACUGCAGUGCCAUCCGAGGAGUACCUGCCGCAGUUACGCAGGCGCGUUAUGAAAAAGAGUUUUAGCUGCGACAGUGAGUGCCGUUCCAUGCCCGGAAUGGGGAUGGGAAUGGGACCGGGAAUGGGUAUGGGUAUGGGCUUGGGUCUGGGGGGAGGAGCCUUGGCCAGGUUGGCGGCUCGCAGGCGUCAGUUGCAGCGAUGUUGCUCCUGCAGCUGCUCCACCACCACAACAACUACAACCACGCCAGCGGUGGCAGCAACAGCAGCAGCAGCAGGAAGUGGGGCAACUGCAUUCACGUCGAGCAGUUCCGUAGAGACACGUCGACCGGUGCGUCCGGUCUGGGUCUACGACUACUCCUGCAUCGUCAAGGGGUUUCCACCCGUGUCACCCUUUAUUGGCGUGAGUCCCACGCUCUGUUACCUGCUCAAAGAGAAGAAGCCUCUCUGCUGCCUGCAGCUGGCUCAGGUAUGCGAGCACUGCAGCUAUCGGAAUGCCAAGGAGUAUCAGUGGCAGAACAAGACCAUCAUCUUGGCAGCGGACUAUGCCUCCAAUGGAAUAUACAACUUCAUCAUCCCGCUGAGAGCUCAUUUCCGAUCGAAGACCUCAUUGAAUCCCAUCAUCCUGCUUCUAGAGCGGCGGCCAGAUGUGGCCUUCUUAGAUGCCCUCUCGUAUUUUCCACUGGUCUACUGGAUGCUAGGUUCAAUCGACUGCCUGGACGAUCUGCUGAGGGCUGGCAUCACAUUGGCCGAAAGCGUGGUGGUGGUCAACAAGGAGCUCUCUAAUUCGGCCGAAGAGGACUCACUCUCUGACUGCAACACCAUCGUUGCCGUGCAAAAUAUGUUCAAAUUCUUUCCCAGCAUCAAGAGCAUCACCGAGCUGUCGCAGAGCUCCAACAUGAGGUUCAUGCAGUUCCGGGCCCACGACAAGUAUGCCCUUCAUCUCAGCAAGAUGGAGAAGCGCGAGAAGGAGCGCGGGUCGCACAUAUCCUACAUGUUCCGGCUGCCCUUCGCCGCAGGAGCCGUGUUCAGUGCCUCCAUGCUGGACACCCUGUUGUACCAGGCCUUCGUGAAGGACUAUGUGAUUACGUUCGUGCGGCUACUGCUGGGCAUUGACCAGGCGCCUGGUAGCGGAUUUCUUACCUCGAUGCGCAUCACCAAGGACGACAUGUGGAUACGCACCUAUGGGCGGCUGUAUCAGAAGCUGUGCUCCACCACCUGCGAAAUACCCAUUGGAAUUUACCGCACUCAGGACACCUCGAAUGCGGACACGUCUCAUGUGAGUAACUCGCCGGUCGAGAGAUGGGGACCCUUCUCGGCCUUCAGCAGGCAUUGUGUGCGCUUGCGUCCAUCGUACGAUGAGGAGACCGGAACACCCGACUCGACGAAGGACUCGACGGAAAUGCUUCGCGGGGUCACCUACCGUCCGCCGGGGUCGGCAACAGGUGGCGCCAGCAGCUUCCGGCCGCAGCCCCAGCGCCAGCGGUCCGUCAACUGUUUGGGCGGUUGCUCGGAGCGCAAGGGAUCAUCCUAUUCCAUCAACCUGGCCGACGAGGCGAGGGACAACCAUGCUCAGCAGAUUGAGCGGGCCGAGAUCGCGAACCUGGUGCGAAGUCGGAUGGAGUCUCUGAAUCUGCCCACAAUAGAUUACGACGAUGUGAGCGAGAAGCGCAACCACCUGUCCUAUGUGAUAAUCAACCCGAGCUGUGAUCUGAAACUGGAGGAAGGCGAUCUCAUAUACUUGGUGAGGCCGUCGCCGUUCUCGGCACAAAAGACCUUUGAGCGACACAACUCUCGGCGCAAAUCGAACAUCUCGUUUUGCUCGAACAUUAACCUGGGCGCCACCUGCGGCCCCCAAAUGCCGCAGAUGAACAUGAACAUGGCCAACACCGCCGUCGGGGCUGGAUCGCGUCGAGGAUCGGGCAUCGGCGGCUUGAACCCCAUGCAAAUGCAGAGCGUUCAGACCUUGGCCGGGUAUGGAUCAUCCUCGCAGCGCUGUAGCCCCCCGAUGCAGCAAAUUAAAUCGAAUUCUCUUUCUCUACCCGACAGUCCGACGGUGGUUGGCAAUCAGCGAGGACGGAGUAACUCAUUGCGGAUCGACAACGACAUCCUGCUCCGUCGAUCCUCGUCCCUGCGACAGGGCCUUCCCAGCGUGGGCGUCAGCCACGGCCGGAGAAAGUCGUCGCUGGAGGAGAUCGGCAUCAGUCACUUCACCACACUCAUGCAGGCGACGAACCACAGUAAUCCCAUCAAGAUAUCGCUUAACGGCAGCAUCGGCAUGGAGAAUCAAAUCUCCCUGCAGGUGACGCCACCCGAGGAGCCCACACCCAUGCUGGGUGUACCCUGUGUGGUGGGCGGAGGCGGUGGAGGAGGUAUUAACCCAUCCGGAGCUGGUUCCUCUACCGGCGGAAUGCUGGGCGCCGGCUCUUCCCUGGCCAUCAAUACCGCUGACCUUGGCCCAGGACCGAGCACCUCAUCCGGAGCCGGUGGGUCACUGCAGGCCCAGGAUUCCCUGGGGCAGCAGUCGUCGCAAGUAUCUUCGCCGCAGCAUUUGCAGGGAACGAUCGUAUGAUACAACCUGAUGUGGGGGCGCCGACUCCGCUCCUCCAUGUCGAAAAACAAGUGGAUAUAGAACACGGCCGGCACACACAGACACACCCGUAGAGAUAAGUUCUAGGCAGAGCGAAAGUAUUAGGAACCCAACCAAAUAAACCCACCCACCCCAAAAGGCUGUCUGUGGUGUGUGGCCCCCGGAAAAUCCAUUUCGAGCCCCAUUAAGUUAGUCUCGUAUGUUCAAUAGAUCACUAGAUCUCUAGUGCGCGUGCUUAUCGGUUUAUCCCUUAGGAGUAUGUAUAGAUAUAUAUAUAAUGUACAUUGCAAGUUUUGCAAUUAGUUAUAAGCUAAUGAUUACGACGGCUUUGCACACUGAAGCCGCGGCAAAUUGUGUUUUGGGAACAACAAAUGUAGUUAAACUAUUGGAUAGGUGGGACUAUGAUGAUUUAGCAAACUGUAUAACUGUAUAUAUAUAAUGCCUAGUUGUAAGCAUUUCCGAGAAGUCAGACGUAGCAAACUAUCAAAUAGAUCAGGCUUUAACGCUUAAAUCCAUGUAUAUACCUUAGGUAUGACCAUUUAGUUGGGCUUCAGCUCGGCUUAGCUUCCCCUUCCUUCGGGAGGAAAUUCCUCUGACCCACGUAAACCCCAUAUAGAUACAUAUAUGAAGGUGCUAUCAAUGUCUUGUACUAUACACACACUCAGAUAAACGUUUUGUGAAACUACUAUAAAUGUUUUACAGAAUUAUAGGAAAGAAAGGAGGUAAACAAACCAAGAAAGUGAAAAGGUUUUCAUAACAUAAAUUGGAACGGGCUUUGGUAUACUCUAAUGCUUUACAAAACCAACAGAAAUAUGUAUACAUAUAUAAAAAUAAAUCAAAGAAUUUGUAUAUAAACUAAUUAGGUAAGAACCAAACAUGCAUUCAAGAAAAAACAAAACGAAAAACUAACUACUAGAACCUAAUGGACAAACUUAAAUCGAAAAACAACAGAAUCUAGGAAUAAAGUUCUACUUUAGAGUUUACUAAUUAAGACUAGUUUGGACCGAGGAUGGAAUACCGGUAACUGUACCAAAUUCAAUGAGCUAUAUGAACCAGCGUUCGCAGCUAACACAACCCUGUAGCAACGCAACCUACGUCCCUUUAAAUUAAUUCGAUCCCAGCUAUAGGCCCUAUAGGAAGUAGCUAAAGCGAACAAUGUACCUACACGACCACUUACCACUCAAGCAUCCACACUCACUUAAAAAUGUUAGUUAAAGCACCUAAAGCAGUUUUAUAAGGAAAUUUUAGUCAACGAUGACGAUGAAAUGCAUUCCAGUGUCUCGGGAGGAAACUAGUUAAGCUUAUGCCUAGCACCCCAGAAACCUAUUUAUAUAGAUCUGUAUACUUAUGUAUCUGUAUAUCUGCAUCUACCACAUAGAUCCAACCGAUGUCUCAAUGUACAAAAGUAGGUAACUAAACCGCAUCUGGCAUUGGCUGCAGCAUUAGAGAUACAUUUAGUGAACUAGGGUAUAAACUUGCUGUAAUAUUUAUCAGCGCAAUGCUCUUUAAGGCAUGCCGAACAAAACUCACAAUAAACUCAAACUAUAGUUGGAAAUAAUUGGAUCGGAUUUUG